AGAAAGGUAAGACACACUAGUAACGGUACAGUAUACUCAUCACCAGCAAAUCGUUGUCUCCUUCUGUUUUCCCACACUCAACUCCCACCCAUCUACUUAUUGCUAAGACAAGACGAGUCAACACUGAUCAAUCCCAACAAUUCCCUCUCCAAAAAUGUCCUCCAAUCUCUCAAUCUCAAACCCUAAAUCUCUCCUCACUCUCAUACGUACACUAUUAUUGAUUUUCUCAUCUAUUCUAGUUGAUUCUCGGAAUUUACGGCACAAUUCAACCAUAGAACUCGAUGACUCUCUUGUGUAUUUAUGGCCUCUGCCUUCGGAAUUCACUUUCGGAAAUGAAACACUCGUUGUGGAUCCAAAUCUUUCGCUCGUAGGUGGUGGAAAUGGCGGUGGUUCUGUUAUUGUUGAAGAGGCGUUUGAGAGAUACAGGAAGAUUAUAUUUGAGCAUAGUUCUGGGUUGGCUUGGUUUGGAGGAAGUGGAAAGACUGUUUAUGAUGUUAAGAAGCUUAGAGUUAUUGUUCAUUCCAAAAACGAAGAGCUUCAACUCGGUGUUGACGAGAGCUAUUCUUUGCUGGUGACGAGUAAUGAUGGCCGUUCGAUCAUCAGCCAGGUCACUAUUGAGGCAAAUUCUGUUUAUGGUGCAGUACGUGGGUUAGAGACAUUCAGCCAAUUAUGUGCUUUUGAUUAUGGAACUAAAACCGUACAACUGUAUAAGGCGCCAUGGUAUAUUAGAGAUAAGCCAAGAUUUGGAUAUCGGGGGCUUUUGCUUGAUACUUCAAGGCACUAUUUACCAGUAGAGAUAAUAAAGCAAAUAGUUGACUCAAUGUCAUAUGCUAAACUUAAUGUCCUUCAUUGGCACAUCAUAGAUGAAGAGUCAUUUCCUCUAGAAGUACCUACGUAUCCAAAUUUGUGGAAAGGAGCGUACUCAAAGUGGGAGCGCUACACAAUUGAGGAUGCUUAUGAUAUUGUUAACUUUGCCAAAAUGAGAGGUAUCAAUGUUAUGGCAGAGAUAGACAUCCCUGGUCAUGCAGAAUCAUGGGGUUCUGGAUAUCCAGAUCUUUGGCCUUCGCCUUCCUGUAGAGAGCCACUGGAUGUUACCAAAAACUUCACUUUUGAUGUGGUAUCUGGCAUACUGACAGACAUGAGGAAAAUUUUUCCCUUCGGGCUCUUCCACUUAGGCGGUGAUGAGGUUAAUACAGAUUGUUGGAACUCCACUCCGCAUGUGAAGCAAUGGCUUCAAGAUCACAACAUGACUGCUACAGAUGCAUAUCAGUAUUUUGUGCUCAGAGCUCAAGAAAUAGCAAUAUCGAAGAACUGGACCCCUGUCAACUGGGAAGAAACCUUCAACACAUUUGCAUCGAAACUUAAUCCACAGACGGUGGUGCAUAAUUGGUUGGGCGGUGGUGUUUGUCCAAAAGCUGUUGCACAAGGUUUUAGAUGCAUUUUCAGCAAUCAAGGUUUUUGGUAUCUUGAUCACUUAGAUGUCCCUUGGGAUGAUGUUUACAAUGCUGAGCCACUGGAAGGAAUAGAUGAUGCUUCUGAACAAGAACUUGUGCUUGGAGGAGAAGUUUGCAUGUGGGAUGAGAGAGGGGAUGCCUCAAAUGUGCAGCAAACAAUAUGGCCUCGAGCAGCUGCAGCUGCAGAGCGCUUGUGGAGCAAUAGGAAGGCCACAUCUACAGGAAACAUUAAUCAAACUGCAUUACCCAGAUUGCAAUACUUCCGGUGCCUCUUGACUAGGCGUGGGGUUCCAGCUGCUCCGGUUACAAAUUUCUAUGCUCGAAGUCCUCCUAUUGGUCCAGGAUCAUGCUAUGAGCAAUAACUCUCCUGUUGUCCUGGUCAGUAUUGUAUACAUCUGAAGCUGCAUUAAUGCUUCGUAACUAACAAAAUCCGUAAGCUGUUCAGCAGAUAAAUUCUAAUGUUCUUCAAAUGGCAUUUAUGCAAUGGUCUGAUAUACUGGGCAGCGUCUGUCAUCACUACUGUUGUUCGUAUACGUUCAACAUUGUUUGUAUUGUUGUUUUAAUUUACAUCUACGUGUGAGCUUGUACCUAAAAUAACUCAAAUGAAAUAUCAUCUUUCAUGUUAUUGGUAUCUUAAAAGAUGAAGAAGGAAAACUU